GUCAGCUAGCUCCGAAAAGUCCAUCAUCUUCAUCUGCCAAUCUUCCACUGUUGGUAGUUCUUGUGUUUUCCAAUUUUUAGCAAGUAAUAUUUGGGCGGCCGUUGUGGCAUGCAAAAAUAAUUUAACUAGCUUAAAGUUAUAAACCAUUGCAUUAUAUAACCAUCUAAGUCUGAUUUCAUCCUGAACUAAACAUUUAAUCACGGUGUCCGAGAUGUAAACUGACUACUGAUCUUUUUUUAAAAUAAAUAAAUAAAUAAAUGAUGCAGAUGAAACCAGAAGAAGAAUUCCUGAACAUAGCAGCAUGGACAGAAAAGUACCCACACUGCCAUCCCCUUUGGUAUGGAACUUUCUUGGCUUUCCUGGCCCUCAACCACCCUGAAUAUGCAAAGGCUGUGUACAGCAGAGGUGAUCCUAAAGCUCUUGUAGCAUACGACUUCCUAAUUCCAUGGAUUGGAAGGGGGCUUCUCGUCCUGAAUGGGCCAAAGUGGCAGCAGCACCGGAAACUGCUGACUCCUGGAUUCCAUUACAAUAUUCUGAAGCCUUAUGUGACUCUUAUGGCAGAAUCAGUCAAGGAGAUGCUGGAUACAUGGGGAAAGCUGGUACCAAAGAAUGGCACAGCAUCAGUGGAGAUGUUUGAACAUGUCAGUCUGAUGACUCUUGAUACUAUUAUGAAAUGUGCCUUCAGCUACCAGAAAAAUGCUGAAACGGACAGAGACAAUUCCUACAUUCAAACUGUAUUUGAUCUCAGCUAUCUGUUCUAUCAGAGACUGAAAACACCUUGGCAUCACAAUGAUCUCAUUUACCGGUUGAGCUCCAAAGGGCGUCAGUUUUACAAAGCUUGCAAAAUAGCCCACCAUCACACAGAGAAGGUAAUAAGCGAGAGGAAGGAUUCCCUCAAGAAUGAGAAAGAGCUUGAAAAUAUUCUGAAGAAGAGGCAUUUGGACUUUCUGGAUAUUCUUCUUUGCGCAAAGGAUGAAAAUGGAAAUCCAUUGUCCGAUGAAGACAUACGUGCAGAAGUGGACACAUUCAUGUUCGAAGGUCAUGAUACCACAGCUAGUGGAAUCUCUUGGCUCUUUUAUUGUAUGGCCCAGAACCCUGAACAUCAGCAGAGAUGCAGAGAGGAGAUCAUGGAGCUUCUUGGGCAACAGGACGAGAUACAAUGGGACGACUUGGGAAAGAUGACGUACAGCACCAUGUGCAUUAAGGAGAGCCUUCGGCUUUAUCCUCCAGUACCUCUUAUAGCACGAGAACUGAAUUCUCCUGUGACUUUUGCUGAUGGACGAACCUUACCAAAAGGCUUUCUAACUGCAUUGGAUGUUUAUGGUCUUCACAGAAAUCCUGAGAUUUGGGACAAUCCUGAGGAAUUUAAUCCUCUAAGAUUCUCCACAGAGAAUUCAAAGCAUCGCCACCCAUAUGCUUUCUUGCCUUUUGCUGCAGGGCCAAGGAACUGCAUUGGACAACAGUUUGCCAUGAAUGAGAUGAAGGUUGCUCUUGCAUUGACACUCCUGCACUUUGAGCUUUUUCCUGAUCCUGCCAACCUCCCGAUUCCCAUGCUGCAAGUUGUCACCCGAUCCAUUAAUGGGAUAUAUCUGAAGCUGAAGGCUCUCCACUGAUGGCUGCUGUUACCAGAGUAGUAAUGCUUGCUUCAGGACUCUCAAUUCCUGCCAAUAAAUACAUACAUGUCCCUGAUAAAAUAUGUAAACAUCCUACAUGCAAAGAAUUAUUAUUACAGUAUUUUCCAAUAACAUUCAUCUGGAUCCAGCUAUGACGUGGGGAAAAGGUGGGGAUUUAGCGCCCAUGGGGGGAACAUAUUAGAAUGUGUGAGUAAGGGUUCCAGCUGUUUGCAUAUAACUACAGCACCAGCUGCCACAAACUUGUUCUGGCAUUUUGAGCCAGCAGUGCCAGCCGAAUCAGAAAGUCUUCAGAACUUAUUCUCGAUAGUGAGCAAAACAAAGCAGUGGGCAGCUGGCGAUGGAGAAUCUAUUCAAUCCCUUGUGGUCCUGGCUCCCCAGGAGUUUCUCUCUUUUUCUAUUGGACUGUGAUGUUGAUUUUCACCUGCGUGGCUCUGAAAGCCAUCCAGCUAUUUCAGACAAGGCAGAACCUCAUCAAGGGUUUUAGGAGUUUCCCAGGACUUCCCAGCCACUGGCUAUAUGGCCAUGUCCUCAUGGUAAGGGAUUCUCUGACUUUCCUGGUGGGAAGGUGGGUCUCUCUUUGUAAAAUUGCAUUUCUCGAUAAGGAACUGGGAAUUGACUGGAUUCUGUGUGCCUUUCAGUUGUGCCUAAAGAGUAGGGCACAGAAUGACUACUUUCUGGAGCUUUGGUUCUGAUUCAUAUUGUGUGAUGAGAGGAAUCCAACCACAGUGCUUUCUCUGUUUCAUAUCACAUUCUGAAAGGAUAUUUUCUAUGAAAUGUGCUGUUUCAUUAUUGUUGUCAUGCAGUUUUAUUGCACCUGCAAGGCAACUGGUUUGGGUACCAUGACACUGGUUUGAGAGAGCAGGCUCUUAGAACUUUAGUUUGGGUGGGCUAUCCUGCCCUGUAAUGUGGCUGGCCAGGGAAUGUAGAAUGGCCAGACACUGGGACGUGACAUCUCUCACCACCCGUGAGGGACCAAUAAAUAUUGGUAGGCACCAUUAAUAUUAAUAUCAUGCAGUGCACUUCUGCUCUUUUUAUGAAGGGAAUUGUUGUCCUCUCUUGGCAUACAGAGGCUGGUUCAAGAUCCAGCACCAUUUCCAAAUAUAGAUUCUUUCAGUAUUUUGAGACUGCUGUGAUUGUAAUUAUAUUGUUUGGCAAUUCCUUUUAAGCUCUCAGUCCAACCAGGUCAUAUUCAGAAUAGACUUGUGGAAAUAAAUGCACUUGAUUAACUUAAAUCCAUUGGCUUCACUGACUUUGUGGCUUGGAACGGAGAGCUUGGGUUAUUUACAAUAUAAACUCUGAUACCAGGACUUAAUAUGAAUGGAUUUAUUUUUUUACACAUUUUAUAUCACAGACCUAGAAAUACUUUGGGUCCCCCCCAUAAAACAAAGUAUAUAUCAUUCAGCUUAAUAGUAUAUAUGUCAUAACUAUGGUAUUACAAGGAUUAUACAGGGGAAAGGCUGAUCGUUUAGACUUUCUCAUUCCCCCUCCAUGUUCUCACAUCAGCUGUUCUGGGGGAGGAGUCCUGAAGACCUUUUAAUAUGUCACGAUUAUUUCUUGUAUUUUAAAAUAUGUAAUUUACCUGUAAAUCAUCUUGGAAGGAUUUAUUUCCUGUACUGUGGGAUAUAAAUAACUGUCAUUAGAGAAGAAUAAAUAAAUAACUCUAGAUGUUGCAAAUAAAAAAAAUAAUCGCAUUGACUUCUUCU